AUGCAGGCAAAUGAAGAAGUGGGCUUCGGAGUUAUUGGUGUUCAAACUCUAGGCGCCGCGGCAGUUACCUUGCUUCAGGGAUUCACUUUAGAAGGAUGGGCUUUCACAAUGCAAACUCAAGCUAAUGGGGAUUCGCGGAGCGACGGCCUGGUAAUUUACACUGCUUUUCCAGUAAUGGUGAUCAUUGGCGGCAUGCUUCUAAUGAACUUGGCCAUAGCAGUGCUUUGGGAAGCUUUUGACAGACACCAUUCUGAGGCACCCACACGCCCCGCUAUUCUCAAAGAGUCUGAAUGGAGAGUCUACCAGCUGUUAGGAACAGACUGGAUUAAGUAUCUGAUGGUAGAGCUCGACCAGAAAAAGAACUGCAUAAGUGAACAUAUACCGCCAUCAUCGUUGGAGAUCGAAGAUACAACGGCGCAAACUGACGUCGGCUUCUUGGCGAAAAUAAAGCGAAUGUGUAGUGGCCACUGGAGGACUCUAUGCCGGCGGGUCAUCAGGGAGCUUGAAAUAAGGUUUCCAGAAAUACAAAAUCGCCUUCGCUUUCUUUUCAUGGAACUUAAGGGCUAUGCCUUCCGUUUGGCCACCAACAAGUUCUUUUCUGUAGCAAUGCUAGUUCUAGUUGUCCUUGAUAUAAUUUGCAUGUUCGCUCACACUGACAAUGCUACCAGUGUGGUGCUUAGCGUAUUGGACCUCCUUUCAAGUUCAGCAUUUGUGCUUGAAGCAAUAGUGUUGUUACUAGCUUUCGGAAAACGAUGCAUGGAGGACGGAUUCCUUUGUUUGGACAUCUUAGCUGCGAUUCUUGCCGUGAUAGAUGGAUUCUUUGCAUUAUUAUUAUGCUCGGAGAUUGUAGGGUGCAGGUCUUCGAUUGUGAAGAUCGAAGGAGUGUUAGGGACAGUGGCCGUUGUCUUGUCAUUGGUGCGACCUUUGCGAAUCUUUAAGCUGCUCAAGUUUUUCUCUUCAUUGAGGCUAACGGCUGAGUUACUGCUUACGUUGCACAACACGUUAUUACCCUACAUCCUCCUGAUUAUCUAUUGUUGCGCUGUGGUGGCACAACUCGGCUUGUUUCUCUUUUUCGAUCCGAAGUACGUGUCUACGCAUGCAGGGACUGUUUCUCUUAACUUAACGAAGUACUUCAAUUUUGAAAAUGCCGGCAACUCGCUUCUGCUACUGUUGACUAUUUUUACUGGAGAGGCUUGGGACGUUUUCGUCAAAGAAAUAGAUCAAGUGUACAGCGGAGAAUUGGAGAGUCUUACUUUUGACUCCCACAAGCUGUCAGAUAAAAUUCUGUCUGCGCCAUCUCGAGUGACAGCCAUCAACACUUUUCUUUUCUUUUCGGUUUUGUUUUUGAACUGCCUGAUUUUCAAUCUCUACGGUGCCAUUAUGAUUGGCCAAUUUACCCAGACACAGAAAGCUCUCAGCGUCAAGUACGCUGCUAGGUUCAUCUCUACCUGUCGCAUUGCAGGGAUUGCGAUGCCAGCGGCUGACGCACUCCAAGGAGAAAAUGCUCAAGCACUUUACACACAAGCCAACAUGGCAACAGUUGCAGAACGAGACGAGUUAAUAAAGGCUAUUACCACCGGCGCAGACCACGCAAAGUCUGCUAAGGCAUUGGAUGAAUUUGCGCGUAAGACUUCCAUUGUCUUGGAUAUUUGCAAGACAGUUGCGAGGAAAAGCAGUCGCAUGGCCUCUAAAGCGAACUCUAACAGUCAGGUUUUGGGGGCAGACAAGGGCGGCAGUCGCAGCAAUAGUUGCAUUUCAGCCAUGUCAAAGCCGCAGAAAAGAGAGCUAAUCGGUGAAAUAGCGUUUGACAAAGUUAUGACCGAACGUGGACUGUCAAAACGACCUGAGGAAGCGGGAGGUAUAAAUACCGAAGGAACCACGCAAGAAUCGAGUUCAACAUCAGAAACCAACGGAAGCAAGGCUUCUACCGCAUUCCGGAAGGGAGGAGAACCAAGUGGACUGCCAUUUCUGGACGAUUUCAUGCAGAUGGAAAUAACAAAUAAGGCAGCAGUUAAGUUUGCUGCAGACGACCAUACUGUAUUUCUGGCAAUUCCACAUGGAGGUUCGAGGGCAGCGUCAUCCACGAUGCAUGAUUUGCGCGAGGAGGAGCUGUCGAUUGGCGAGCUUUGUACCAUGUUCUGGGCUGCGAUCAAGGAGGUAAUGAAGCAAGGCCGCAUUGCACUGCGGGCAGGUGCAGCUGCUGUAAUAGAACGGAUUACUCCGGUGGAUCCAGACAGUCCAUUCUUGCAUAUAGCGUAUGCGGGCCACAUGGUGAGGGCAGACUGUGAAGUACUCUACCAACAACCGUCUGGCCAAGCACGCCAGCUUGAUAACAAGGAAUCGAACGGCUCAGAAUUUGGAACAAUCACCGAAAUAAGGGCGAAGCCAGGCUCAAGUGGAGGAUUUACGUUUCAAAAACGUUUCGCGGAAGCUCAUGCGAAACCCCAAAGUAGCCAGCAGCUUCCCUCUUGCCUUCAGACCGUAUAUACAGUCUGGCGUGCAUUUACGGCACAUAUUCGCGACGUCUGUGGAAUCAGUGGGAUUGGCUGGAUUCGGCUACUUUUGCACUUCCUAUCGCUUGGGGAGCUCAUAGCAGAUUGCUGCAUGAAGAAAGACACAACAGUAUGGCGAACAUUCGUCUACAUCGAACUCGGGGCCCAAGUUGCACUCACGGUUGAUAUAUUCAUGAGAAUUGUCAUUGGGGUCAUGGGAAAAAGCUCUCCGUUUUUUUAUUCUCGCUUUAAUUGCUACGAGUCAGUACUUCAGUUGAUGUCCUGGUGUUUUUUAACUGCUUCCCUCCUAUUAAGCAGCAGCGGUACAAACGGUGUAAUGGUUCGGUGUGUAUGGUUUAGAUUUGCUCAGUGUGCUCGCGUCCUUCGAUGUGUCUGGCUCCUCCGCCUCUUAAAGAACACAGGCAUCCACAGGUUGGCGCUAGCAAUGCUUUCCGCUGGAAACAAAAUUUUUAGUUUGGGCUUCAUAUUUAUCUUGAUUGUCACGUUCUUUGCCUUAGGAUUUCGGCUUUUGCUGCAACCUGUAGCGGGUGACCCUCCAGCCGUGCCUUUGGCCACCGCUAACCUCACUUCUCUCGGCGAAAGUUUCUUGAGUGUGUUUAUCCUAACUACUGCUGAGGACUGGCCCCGCAUACUGAUUUCAUUUCUAGAUCUUGGAGAGCGUCACCAAUGUCUGACCAUUAUUCUUUGCGCCCUUGUAGUUUCGCUGCUCAGCAUCUUUGUCAUGAAUUUGUUUGUGGGCAUCCUUGUGGAUGUUCUAGAUCAAGAACAGGAGACACUGGAAUACACCGGAGGUGUCAGAAGCGCAACAGUACUUCGUUGGAAUGAAAUGCAACGAGCUAUUUUUAGCUCUGCCUCGAUCGAAGGAAUUUUAGGCCGGAACGGCGGUUCCGUGAGGAGUAAAGGACUAGGAAGUGGAAGCUUGAUGGCUCGGAUCAUUACGGACAAGAAGGUCGACGUUGCAAUAGCGUUAGUUUCCGCAGCAUCCUGUGUGACAAUGUUAGCAGCAGGAGCAUGGGCUGAGGCGGAUAUCAGGUGGCACUUUCCUGAGUUCCAGCUUUGGAUUUUUUGGUUCAAUGCUGCCAUUGUUAUUGGGUACGUCCUAGAGCAGUGUAUAAGGCUCGUGGUGCUAGGAAGAUCUUUGUUUGAAAAACCAAUCUUCAUUGUGGACCUGGCCAAUGCAUUCAUCUCUUUAAUAGCUUUGAUUUGGGGUCUUUCAACUUCGCUGGAUACUGCCUUUCCUGCCGAGCCACUUUGGCCCGUUGCUUUCAGGAUGAUUCGAGUUGCUUAUGUUGCAUGCAAUUAUCUUCCAGGAAUGCGUGUUCUCUCUAUCAGCUUGUUUAAUAUGUUCGCUUCACUUCGUCGCGCCCUUUUCUUUUUCGGGUUUACCGUCCUCGUGUACACAUUAAUUGGGACAUGUUUAUUCCACGACGUUCCAUACGACCCAAAACUGCACCUUUCCUUUGAAUCCUUUUUGGACACAAUCGUGCUUCUUCUUUCGUGUUCCACGGGAGAAAAUUGGCAUGAUAUUAUGCUCCAAGGGCGUACCUACUACUAUGAAACUGAUAUGGUACUGUUGGCGUGGGUCCUUAUGGGCUACGUUAUUAGUUUUGUUGCCCUGGUCUUCUUCCUGCUGAUGAAUGUAUUCACAAGCGCUGUCCUGAAGGGCUACGUCGACGCAAAGCGAAACCAGGAACUAUGGAAGGUUGCGCAGGAGCACCAAGAUCUGCUGAAUAAGUGGCGCUUACGCGAAAUGAAGCUCAGUUGGCUGCCGAUUCAUGUAGCGCUACAGGUGUUGAACGAAAUACAACCUCCAAUAGGUUUCAAGAACCUCUAUAUUGACUUAGGCUGUCGCCGGAUGCACGCAAUUCUUGCUCACUUAGCUGCUUAUCCGCUUCCUGUGCACAACAACAGUGUGCACAUCAGAGAUAUGGUGCUUAAUACAGCAUGCCUUGCGUGCGAAGCCCAUGCUCAGCGUAGAGAGACCCCUACAGCGUCUGACCCAUCUCAGGGGCCGCAGAAGGUAGAGCUGAAUCCGAGGCUUGUUUAUUCGUGGAUGAGUCAUUUCAGUGACGCUUCUGCAGUCAAACCGGAGUUUGACAUCCUUCAGUACUUGGCGGCGCUGAAGAUUCAAGCUUUCUGGCGGACAAACAGGCUACUGCAAAGUAACACUGCGUCCAACCAGCUCAUGUAUAUGAAGCACCUGUUGUUUCUUCUUGAAAAAGCAGGACCCCUUUGUGCUCACAAACAAUCCAAAGGUGAAAGCCGGCGCAGUACUCUUCGCCGGAAGCGGCUGAGUAAAAAUGGCGGAUCCUUCGUCCAAAGGGCUACUGUGUUGACUCGUGUAGGAACAUUUGCUCGAGACCACAAGGUCCCUCGAGGGCUCGGAGCAAAGCUGAAAAAUGCUCUAAAGAGCGCUUGUUGUGGAAAGCGUUCGGGAAACCAAGACAAAAGACUGACCCAACAGGCAGAUUAUCUGCAUUCGCAGUGUCAGUCGGUGCCUGAAGAGGAACGCCUUACCCAGGAGGAACAGAGGCAACGACAGAGAUCGCUAUUGCACCGCAGUGAAGCUAGCGAGUGCAUAACAGAUUUACUGGAAGGGGGUCAAGCAGGGCAAAGUGACAGGCAGUCAGACCUGUAUGAGAAGGAGCUGAAUGCAGAGCUUCACCAAGACAAUACUACUUCCUUGAGAAAACAGAGUACACGGGAGACUUCUUCGGGUGAGGACGAUGAUGUCGGCGAAGCUGCUACUACUGAGCCAGACGCAGAGAUGGCACUUGCCGCAGCUGCUGCAGCCUCCCGGCUCUCUGCUUCGCGGGCUAGCGCUGUGUCGAGGUUUCCGGAAGGCGCGGCGGUAGAUUCCCACCUUACCGCCGAUCAGGCUGGUCAGGGCCAAGAGCCACCAGCUGUUACAGCUCCGAGACGCUCAAGCAUGCGUGCCCCUCAGUCUUGCUUGGUACCGCCGCCUCCACGUAGAAGCCUUUUGAUCGCUCCCUUGGCACAUCGGUUGCAACGGCAAUCUACUGCUGAGGCUUGUCAGCCAGAUUCACCGGAGCCACCAAGACGCAGAGGGCAAUCCGUGCAGUUCACGGGAGUAGAUCGACUUGAGCUCCAGAAAUUCUUGGCGCCUGCGAUGGCUCAAAAUGAGAGUAGCAGCUCCGAGGAGGAGGGAAAUAGCCACAGCUAA